AUGGCUGGGAUUCCGGAGGCAGAGACCGAUAUACCUGCGACUAUGUCUAAAUUGGCACGGAGUGUCCUGGAUGACACCUUCUACAACAUAAUACAUGACCUUGUUUCAAAAGUUCACCGUGAAGAGAAAAUUGCACGUAUGAGGUCAGCUGUCGUCUUGGCCAAAAAAAUUGGUGAGGAAGAAACAAACCGUCUCCAAAAACAAGAGGGAGCACUUGAGAACGGAUCUGCGGAGCUCAGUGCUGCUACGCCGUCAAACUUGAAACAAAAAGACAGCAACCUCGUUCGGGUCGAGACAGACGGUGCAAUUUACGAAAAUGGCCUAUCAGGCAGACUAACAAAACGCAAUCUCACCCCGAUGGAAAGCGGAACUAGUGCGCCGGUGCCACUUCCAACAAAACCUUCAAUGCUCAAACGAGCCCUCCCCAAUGGCGACGACGAUACUGCAUCUGGAUCCAUUCCCAAAAAGAAGAAACUGAACACUCCCAAAAAAUACGCCAGCAUGAAGCCAACCCCACCAAGCAAGCUCAAAAUCGGAACCACACCCGACAUGGCAGCUGCCAUGGAGUUUCCCGAUUCAACACCUACUUCGGCGGGUGGCGGCGGCGAUGUUGAACCCGCAAGUGCCACAACAACUACCAUUGUCACAACGAGUAAGAAGAAACUUAACCCAACAGAAGGAAAGCCUGGCAAGCUAAAGCGAAAUGACAUUCAAAGACAGGUAAAAGCAUGA